UUCGCCGUCACCAUAGAGACACGAGCGAGGAAGACGAUGACUGGAUGAAGCGUUGGCCAAUUAGCGAGAAGAAAGAUGCUUGGAGGCGGGAACUUGUCCCUCACUGCAACGCGAGCGAGCAGAUCCUGUGACCGGUUUCGUUGCGGCUUUGGUUUUGAAAAUUGUGGGUGCCCUGAAUCGGUGAAUUACGUGUGGACCAUGCCUAUACAAUCCUUCUCCUUUCCUUUGCCUGAGACCAGGUUCUUCCAGGCUGGACAACAUGUCUACAAGUUCAAGAUCAGGGGAGGCAAUAACUGCAGUGAAGUGAAGGUGAUGGGAGAAGAGUUUGUCAAUCGGGAGUUGGAGAAUACCAUCAGAGCGGUGCUAGCCAACCUGGACUGUCUCCAGCCGUUCACUACCCCACACUUCACUGUCUACCCUUACAAGAGUAAGUGGAAGAGAGUGUCCAAGUUUAAAUUUGAGAAGAUGUCAGGAGAGAAGCUGUCUGCUUACCCCUACCUAGUCACUGUGUACCUAGAGAACAACACACACACAGAGAUGUGUGUGGAAGAGUGCUGGACACCAGUGAGAGCAGGAGAAGGCCUCCUUCCUGCCAGUGGUCAUGAGUGCCAGGCCAAGCGCAGUAAGACAGGACCACCACACUGGGGCACCCUAACACCACAGCAAAGAGACUGUCUCAUCAUGCAGGGACCACAGUCACACAUACAUCAUGAACUUCUCAGACCAGGGGAAACGGAGGCAAAGAAUGGUGAUGGCAAGAUGAUUAUAACAGAGAUUCUGAUCCAACCAAUGGUGCCCCUGGCCUGA